AUGUCAUCAACCUUACAACAAACUUAUUCAUAUUUAGAACAAAUAUUACCAAUUAUUAAAAAAGAAAUAGGAACCGUAGAUACUGAAAUUAAAUAUCAAAAAGAAAAAAUUGAUAAUGUUUCAAAAUUAUUAAAAGAACUAACAUCAAACAUAGUUGAAUUUGAAAAUCAAAUACAGCAAUUUCAAAAUAACCUAAAUCAAUACUCUGAACAAAAAGCAAAAGAUGAAUCAGCCAUAAAGGAUCUCCAAGAUGAAAUUGAUAAAAGUAGUGAGGAAGCUGCAAGACUUCAAUCUGAAAUCGAUAGAUAUCAAAAGAUGAUGGAUGAAUUAGCAGAACUUGACCCUUUGGCUGCAGAAAUAACAAGUAUAAUUGAAAAGAUCAGAGGUGAUUUCGACCAAAUAACAAAUAAAAUUAAUUCAUUAAAAGAAAAUAUUAAUGCUUUAAAUACUUCAUUAGAAAAAACCCAAGCGGAUGAAGAUUCAUUAAAUCAAAAAAUUGAGUUAGCAAAUAUACAUAAGAUCCAACUACACAGACUUCAAGAUGGAAAAAAUCAAAAUAUUAAACAAUUGGGCAUAGAGAGAACCAACGAUGAAAACUAUAGACUUGAUUUAAUGAAUCUUAAAGAUAAAAUAGAAGAUAUUUCAAAACGUAUAGAGCUAGGAAAAGAAUUUAAAGAUGAUUCUUUGGUUUCAAAAGAAGAAAUCCAAAAGGAAAUAAAAGAUCUUUACACAAAACAUCAUAGGAAAGUACCAAAUGGUGUAUUAAAUUAA